AACCUGCAUGAAAACUAUAUAUAUACACCCCAUAUCCAGAUUUCCUUGUCACAGAAAGAUGAUCUCUCUAGGCUUCUCUCAUCUCUUCCAAAUUCUUACGUGCAUUCUGCUUCUGACUCAAUCAUUUUCUGAAGAUGAACGAAAGACUUACAUCGUCUACAUGGGCGAGCGUUCGAGAGGCGUGGAAUCGACAGAAUUACUUCACAGGAGUAUAGUUCAAAGGGUCCUCGGCAGCAAAUUUGCCCCAGAUGUUUUGCUACAUAGCUACAAGAGUUUUAAUGGAUUUGUUGCGAGGCUGACAAAAGAGGAAACAUUGAGAAUAAGAGGAAUGGACGAUGUGGUAUCUGUUAUACCAAACAGAAACAACAAGCUCCAUACAUCAAGAUCCUGGGACUUCUUAGGCUUCCCCCAACAUGUUGACAGAUUAGAAUUAGAAAAGGACAUGGUCGUUGGAGUAAUUGAUAGUGGAAUUUGGCCCGAGUCUGAUAGCUUUAAGGGUGAUGGACUUGGUCCAGCACCAGCCAAAUGGAGGGGCAUUUGCCAAAACUUUACAUGCAAUAACAAAAUAAUUGGAGCAAGAUAUCAUCGCAUUAGCGGUAGGUUUGGACCAACUGAUAUCAUAAGUCCAAGGGAUACGAAUGGCCAUGGAACUCACUGUGCAUCCAUUGCUGCUGGAAUCCCAGUUUUGAAAAGUCUAUAUGGGCUUGGCUCUGGGAUAGUAAGAGGAGGAGUUCCAUUAGCACGUAUUGCGGUAUAUAAAGUAUGUUGGUCUAUGGGUUGUGAAUCUGCUGACUGUUGCAGUUUACUCAACACUGACAUCCUUGCAGCAUUUGAUGCAGCCAUUGCAGAUGGUGUUGACAUCCUUUCCGUUUCAAUGGGAACAACAACGAAAAGAUACAAUCACUAUUUUGAGGACAUCUAUGCGAUAGCAUCUUUCCACGGAAUAAAGAAAGGCAUAUUAAUGUCUCAAGCAGCUGAAGGUCCAGGUCUUUAUACAACUUUAAAUACUGCACCCUGGACCUUUUCUGUAGCUGCCUCCACUAUAGAUAGAAAGUUUUUAACUGAAGUUAAGUUGGGCAAUAAUAUGAGUUUCCAGGGAAUUUCUAUCAAUACAUACAAUCUAGAAAAUAAUUACUAUCCAUUAAUUUAUGGUGGAGAUGCACCCAACACUGCUGGUGGAUAUAAUAGUUCCGUAUCCAGGUUUUGCUAUCCAGAAUCAUUGAAUGGAGCUAUGGUGAAAAGAAAAAUUGUUUUGUGCGAAGGCUUUCUGUCUCCCUCGCGGGUGGGAUUCCUUCAUGGAGCCUUUGGUGUUAUAUUUGCAUAUUUGCAAGUACCCGUCCUUUAUAGUGUCUUUGCAAUUCUCCAUCUGAAACUUUUUGAGUAUCUCCCUUGCAUACUUCUUUUGGCAUAUGAAGACUCCAUCAUGAUCCUGCUUUACUUCCAUUCCCAGAAAAAAGGACAUCAAGCCGAGGCUACACAAUCAACUAGCUUGUCUUCAAGCAAUGACAGACCUUUCAUCAAGAUUUCAGGUACAUAUAAGACAUCAGAAAUAUGCUUCAAACCUGUUAAGCUUUCUAUAGCAAUUGUCCCUUUUCCUUUGGCUGAUAAGUUGUUGAGACUUGCAAAUCCGCUCUAUAUGUCCCAUGUUACCACACUUCCUACACUUGACAUCAGGCCUCCACCAGCAUUUUUGUUGGGGAUAAUUAGUUUUUUUGCAGUAUGGACAGGGUGGAAAACUAUCAUCUUACUGCAUGUUGGAGCUUUCAGACAAACAGGCAAGCUCUUGCCUUUGCCUUCUUGCUUUUUCUUUCCUUCUGACUUUUUAUCUGGGCCACAAUUGGAUUGUCUGGCAGCAGAGAAACAUCAUAAUGGUCUUCCACAGCUUUUCAGAGAUCUAAAGCCUCUAGAACAGAUCCUAUUUCCAAUGGCUACUAUAUCUGAAAGUAAAGAAGGCGAAGAUGCACGUGCCCCUUUCGCUCCUCCUUUCUCAUCUAGAGGUCCAAAUUCAAUCAAUCUAGACAUUAUUAAGCCUGAUAUAGCCGCUCCAGGAGUAGAAAUUCUAGCUGCAUGGCCUCCACGCGCUCCUAUUUCUGAUGUUGACGGAGAUACUCGAGAAUCAAGUUACAAAUUCUUAUCUGGCACUUCAAUGGCAUGCCCUCAUGUGUCUGCAACCGCUAUCUACGUCAAAUCAUUUCAUCCUACUUGGUCUCCUGCAAUGAUUAAAUCCGCAAUAAUGACAACUGCUACCCCUAUGAGUCCUCAAAUUAAUAUAGAAGCUGAAUUUGCUUAUGGUGCGGGACAAAUUAAUCCCAUCAAGGCUAUUCAUCCUGGAUUGGUUUAUGAUGCUGUUGAAAAAGAUUAUGUUAGGUUUCUUUGUGGACAAGGUUAUGAUACACAUAUGUUGCAACUUAUUACGGGAGAUAAUAGCAGUUGUACACAAGCAAAAUAUAGGGGAACUGUUUGGGAGCUUAAUCUCCCAUCUUUUGCCAUUGCCAAGUCACUCACAAGUCACUCAUGGAAUUUUAGCAUUGUCUUCCAUAGAACUGUUACAAAUGUUGGAUCAGCUGCAUCUAGAUAUCAAGCUACAAUAACCCCAACUCUGCCAUCACUAAACAUUCAAGUUGAGCCAAAUGUUUUGGUCUUCACAUAUUUGGGUGAAAGAAAGUCAUUCACGCUUAAGAUUGAAGGAAUCAUUCCUGCAAAUAUAGUUUCUACUUCUUUGGUUUGGAAUGACGGCACUUAUCACGUGAGGAGCCCCAUUGUUGUUUAUAUUCCCCCCCUAAAUUUAAAUGAUUAUGCUAUUUCUCGGUUUGAUGUUUCCUCUUCCUAUUAA